AUGGCUCGACUGCCCUAUCCAGAGCCGCCUAAACAGCAUGCCAAAUCGCACCCUACGCUCAACAUCAUUAAACUUCUAUCCUACAGCACAGCAACUGCUGAUCACUGGGCAGGAUUAGGAAACGCCCAGUUCAAGCACUUAUCUCUCUCAGCCAGACACCGUGAAUUGGUGAUUAUGUUGACAACCUCAAAGUUCAACUCAACCUAUGAAUGGACCCAUCAUAUUCCCGUAUCCUUAAAGGCCGGUGUGACCGAGCAGCAGCAAGCGGCGCUCAAAGCGUCCGCGAAGGAAAAGGAUUACUUCAUCAACAGGAAACUUGACAAUGGGGCGGCGGGAUUUAGCGAGAAAGAUCUCAUCCUGCUCAGCUUCGUCGAAACAAUUAUCCAACAGCCUGAAGUUAGUGAUGAGCUGUGGAAGAGUGUUAAGGGUCAAUUCUCCGAUAGAGAAAUCGUGGAGAUCAUCACCCUUCAGUGCGAUUUUGAUGAUUGGGCCAAGUCUAAACUUUGA